AUGUCGGAAAUGUGGUGGACGACAGAGAAGGGCCUCUUGCCCAACUUUAUCAAGAGAGAAAGAUUAAACCAGACCGAGCCUUUCUUCGUGGUAGCCAGUCCCGAAGGUAUUGUGCUGGAAUUGAGCUAUGCAGACAUCGACAAUGCGGCCAACAGAGCGGCGUGGUUUCUGUCCAAGAAUUUAGGACAGGAUGAAGACAAAUUCUUUUACAUGGGUCGAAUGGACCUGAGAUACUACAUCUGGGCACUGGCAGCCAUGAAGGCUGGAAAAUGCGCUGUACUGCCUUCACCUAGUAACACCGUCAACGCGAACCAGAUGCUCUUCCAAGAUGUGGGCGCAAAGACCAUGUUCUUUAGCAGCGAGAACUUCGACAUAAUAGAAGCAUUGCACGCCGCGACCAAAAAUGACAUGCGAUGGGUUGAGGUGCCAAAGUACGAGGACUUCCUGAGCAAGGAAAGGGUCGAGGAUUUCCCGUUCACAUACACUUUUGAGGAAGUCAAGAACAAGCCAUUCAUCGGCCUUCACACAUCCGGCACGACUGGCCAUCCAAAGCCGAUCUACUGGACACACUCGGCCAUUCCUGUCUUUGCCUCCCAAGUCGACCGCAAUAUUCGCCCGCCUGGCUCUUCGGAUGAGCUCGUGUACGAGCAACUUUGGUCCGGGACAAGGCUUUUUAUGUCCUUCCCUUUUUACCACGCUGGCGGUAUGAUUGGAUUCCUAUCAAGUAUACUCGUCGGCGCAAAGACAAUGAUCGUCCCUGUCCCAGGCACUCGAAUCACGUCCGAGAACGUGGCUGGCAUGCUGCAGCUCACCCGCCCCGACUGCGGAAUGUUCGCGCCGUCUGUCCUGGAGAACAUGCUGAAGUACCAGCCUGGCAUGGACGCACUGUCCAAGAUCAAACACAUCGCCUACGGCGGAGGACCGAUGAACCCCAUCUCAGGCAACAAGAUCGCAGAGCUCGUUCCACACUUGAUAAACUUUAUUGGGUCAACGGAAGCUUCUUUGUACCACACUGAUGCCACGACGGACAACAAGUACUGGAACGCUUUCAAGUUCAUCGAGAUGGGCCAGCGGAUGGAAGAGACCGAGCCCGGCCUGUACGAGCUGGUGUACCCUCGGACGGAGCUGAUCGAGAAGACACACAUGAUCUUCCACAGCUACCCGGAGCUGAAGGAAUACAGAACCAAGGACCUGUUUUCACCUGUCGACGACUCGGGGUGGUGGGUCUACAGGGGACGUGCUGAUAACUGGAUCGCUAUGAGCAACGGCCUGAAGUUCGACCCCAAGAACAUGGAGGAUAAGAUCGGCGGGCAUCCCGAUGUCAGCGCAGUAAUGCUCGCAGGAGAGCGUCGGUUCAGGCUCUGCCUGCUAAUCGAGCUGGAUGAGAGAUGCUACCCAGAACAGCCAUUCGAGUCCGCGGAGGCCGAGUCGAGGUGGAGGGAAGCAGUUCUGGCCAAGCUGUGGCCUACGAUCGACGAGGCGAACCACCAGGCGCCCAAGUUUGGCCGUGUGCCCAAGGAGCUCGUCCUCUUCGCCAGCAAGGACAAGCCUUUCUCAAGGUCGCCCAAGGGAAGUAUUCAGAGACGACUGACUGUAUCAUAUUACCAGAAGGAGAUUGAAGACCUGUACAGCCAGUCUGAGCAAGGCCUACUGACGAGCGGCCUGCCCCCUCUGAAGUCUACCUCCGCCGAGGACCUAACUCCAUUCCUCAGGGAACUGUACGCCCAGACCCUGGAGCACGAAGAGCUCCGGGAAGAUGACGACGCCUUCUCAUUCGGCAUGGACUCGUUCGCGGUAGCGUCGCUAUCGUCACGGCUGAAGGCAGCCCUGAGAGCUUUCGGCACGCCUGAGCACAAGCUGGGCCAAAUCGGCAUUCGACUGAUGUACACCGCUCCCACGCCUCGGAAGAUGGCAAACAUCCUGUCAAACAUGCUCUCCGAGACGAACGGCAACGGCAACGUGGAAGGCGCCAACGAGGCGGUGGAGAUGCUGGACAAGUACGAGGCUGAGGUGCAAAAGCUCGUCGAGAAAAGAGUGCAGCUGAACGGACUGAACGGAUACACCAACGGCCACGCCCCAGGGCAGGUCAUCGCAGUGACGGGCACGACGGGCUCUCUGGGGAGCUACCUCCUCGCGACGCUACUCGCCAGGCCGGAUGUUAAUAAGGUGAUCUGCCUUAACCGCGCCGCCGACGCCAAGGAGAGACAGAUCAAGGCGCUGGCCUCCAGGGGCCUGCCGGCCCUGCAGCCCGCCAUCGACCAGGGCCGGGUGGUGUUCAUGAGGAUGGACGUCGCGGCGCCCAAGCUCGGCCUCAGCGAAGACGAGUACGCGCUCCUCAUCCGCGAGACGACCUCCAUCAUCCACAACGCCUUCCCCGUCAACUUCCUCAUGACGGUGGCGCAGUUCGAGCCCCAGUUCGUCGGCACGCUCAACCUCCUCGAGGUCGUCCUCAACGGCAAGAGACACCCGUCCUUCCUCUUCAUCUCCAGCAUCGGCGCCUCGGUGCGCAGGACGAACCCCAGGAACCCGGUGCCGGAGAUCAUCUUCGACCGCGACGAGGCGAAGGACCUCGCGCUCGAGGGCUACGGCUCGGCCAAGUUUGUGUGUGAGCGAAUGACGCACCAGUUCACCGUCUCGUGCGCAAAGGCCGGCCUGUCGUCGGCCGCCGCCGUGCUGCGCGUGGGCCAGGUGGCAGGCCCGCUGGCAGGCGGCGGCGCGUGGAACAUCUGGGAGUGGCUGCCGUCCGUCGUCGUCAGCUCCAAGUUCCUCGGCGCGGCGCCCGCGACCAUCGGCCAGAAGGUAGACUGGAUUCCCGUUGACGAGCUGGCCAAGAUCACGAGCGACCUCGUCGACGCCGUCGAGAAGCACAGGUCCGAGGCCGAGGUCACCUCAGUUUAUAACGUGGUGAACCCGCAGGUCACUACGUGGGAGAAAGAGUUGCUCCCUGCGGUGAGAACCCUUACGUCCGAGGUUGUGCCACUUGAGGAGUGGCUGGACCGUUUGGACAAGACAAAGGACACGAGUGCCCAUGUCCUGGACAAGAACCCUGGUGCGAAGCUGGCGGACUUCUAUAAGGGGUUCCUGUCCACUGAAGCUAGCAUGAACUUCGCCACCGACGAGCUGGUUCGCGACAGUGCCACAGCGGCUAGCUUGGGUCCCAUAACGCAGAAGAACAUGGUGGGCUGGAUCAAGACUUGGGGAUUGUAG